GCCGGGGCGGCUGACCGACUCGGGGCUUGCCUGAUCGCUGCUACCGCGGGGUUGUUGGGCUGCGGCCUGGGUGGCGGCUGGAGGGCUGAGUGGGGCUUGGGGAGGGGGUCGGCAGGGCCUGGGAUGAUGGAGGAGGAGGAACUGGAGUUCGUAGAGGAGCUGGAAGCCGUGCUGCAGCUCACGCCUGAGGUGCAGCUGGCCAUCGAGCAGGUAUUUCCAAGCCAGGAUCCUCUAGAUCGAGCAGAUUUCAAUGCUGUCGAGUAUAUCAAUACCCUGUUCCCAACAGAGCAAUCUCUGGCAAACAUAGAUGAAGUCGUGAACAAAAUUAGGCUGAAAAUAAGGAGACUGGAUGACAAUAUUCGAACUGUUGUAAGAGGUCAAACAAAUGUGGGACAGGAUGGAAGACAAGCACUUGAAGAGGCUCAGAAAGCUAUUCAGCAACUCUUUGGCAAAAUCAAAGAUAUCAAAGACAAAGCAGAAAAAUCAGAGCAAAUGGUGAAAGAGAUCACCCGUGAUAUUAAGCAGUUAGAUCAUGCCAAACGCCACCUGACCACCUCAAUUACAACACUGAAUCACCUGCACAUGUUGGCAGGCGGCGUUGAUUCCCUCGAAGCCAUGACCCGGCGAAGACAGUAUGGAGAAGUUGCUAAUCUCCUUCAAGGUGUAAUGAAUGUUCUAGAGCACUUCCACAAGUACAUGGGAAUUCCACAGAUCCGGCAGCUGUCUGAAAGAGUGAAGGCAGCACAAACUGAGUUAGGACAGCAAAUUCUGGCUGAUUUUGAAGAAGCAUUUCCUUCCCAGGGCACCAAGAGGCCAGGAGGACCCAGCAAUGUCUUACGAGAUGCAUGUCUGGUUGCUAAUAUUUUGGACCCCAGAAUCAAACAGGAAAUCAUCAAAAAGUUUAUCAAACAGCAUCUGUCAGAGUAUCUAGUACUUUUUCAAGAAAACCAAGAUGUUGCCUGGCUGGACAAAAUUGACAGACGCUACGCCUGGAUAAAACGCCAGCUUGUAGACUAUGAGGAGAAAUAUGGCCGUAUGUUUCCACGUGAGUGGUACAUGACCGAGAGGAUUGCAGUAGAAUUUUGCCAUGUCACAAGGACAGAACUUGCCAAGAUUAUGCGUACUAGAGCUAAAGAAAUUGAGGUGAAAUUGCUUCUUUUUGCUAUUCAGAGAACAACUAACUUUGAGGGAUUUCUUGCAAAACGCUUCUCUGGCUGCACCCUGACAGAUGGAACCUUGAAAAAGAUUGAGUCUCCACUUGCAUCUACCAAUCCCUUCCUGGAAGAUGAGCCAACACCAGAGAUGGAGGAGCUGGCAACAGAGAAAGGAGAUUUAGAUCACCCAAAGAAGCCUAAAGUCCCAGAUAAUCCAUUUCAUGGCAUUGUUUCCAAGUGUUUUGAGCCUCAUCUCUACGUGUAUAUUGAGUCCCAAGACAAAAACCUUGGAGAGCUGAUAGAUCGGUUUGUGGCUGAUUUCAAAGCCCAGGGGCCACCCAAGCCCAACACUGAUGAAGGGGGUGCUGUGCUCCCCAGCUGUGCUGACCUCUUUGUCUACUACAAGAAGUGCAUGGUGCAGUGCUCUCAACUCAGUACUGGGGAGCCAAUGAUUGCUCUGACCACCAUUUUCCAGAAGUACCUCCGAGAAUACGCCUGGAAAAUUCUUUCUGGCAACCUGCCCAAAACCACAACCAGCAGUGGAGGGCUGACUAUCAGCAGCCUCCUCAAGGAAAAGGAGGGCUCAGAGGUCGCCAAGUUCACUCUGGAGGAGCUCUGCCUCAUCUGCAGCAUCUUAAGCACAGCAGAGUACUGUCUGGCCACCACCCAACAGCUAGAAGAAAAACUCAAAGAAAAAGUUGAUGUAAGUCUGAUAGAACGAAUCAAUCUGACUGGCGAAAUGGACACGUUCAGCACUGUCAUCUCCAGCAGUAUUCAGUUGUUGGUUCAGGAUCUGGAUGCUGCCUGUGAUCCUGCCCUAACUGCAAUGAGCAAGAUGCCGUGGCAGAAUGUGGAGCACGUCGGUGACCAAAGCCCCUAUGUCACCUCUGUCAUUCUUCACAUUAAGCAGAACGUCCCCAUCAUCCGUGACAACCUGGCUUCCACACGGAAAUACUUCACUCAGUUCUGCAUUAAAUUUGCAAACUCUUUCAUUCCCAAGUUUAUCACCCACCUCUUCAAGUGCAAGCCAAUCAGCAUGGUGGGAGCAGAACAGCUGCUGCUGGACACGCACUCCCUGAAGAUGGUCCUGCUUGAUCUCCCCUCCAUCGGCUCACAGGUGGUGAGGAAAGCCCCUGCCAGUUACACGAAGAUUGUUGUGAAAGGCAUGACCCGGGCUGAGAUGAUCCUCAAGGUAGUGAUGGCCCCUCAUGAACCGCUGGUGGUGUUUGUUGACAACUACAUUAAACUCCUCACAGACUGCAACACAGAAACCUUCCAGAAGAUACUGGACAUGAAGGGGCUGAAGAGAAGCGAGCAGAGUAGCAUGUUGGAACUCCUCCGCCAGAGGCUUCCCACCCCGCCCUCAGGAGCCGAAGGCUCUGGCUCACUGUCCCUGAUGGCUCCAACACCAGAACAGGAAUCAUCUCGCAUCCGCAAACUCGAGAAACUCAUUAAAAAGCGCCUGUAGGAGUGUGCAGGGGCACUCUUCUUUUCCUGAUGACCCUCAGCACCUCAUUUCCUGGAAGCCCCCAACCUCUCUUGUGUUCCCUGGGACUCUCAGAUCUUCAAACUCUCUGGGACAUUUGGAUUGUUAAUUGUCUCUUCCAUGCCCUGUCUUAAAUCUUGUCCUAAUCAGGAACGCUGAGCAAAGACUGGAUUAUAAAAAGGCAGUUUAGAUUAUGUCUGAUUCCUGAAGCAGGAGCAGCAGUGAGUGAAAGGUCCCUGUGGUUCAGUUGCUGUUCUUGGGCUGCCCUUGACUGGGGGGAUUGUCGUUGACUCAUGCAGCCACGCCAUGGCAGUCACACCCUCUGACACAUGGGCCAUACUUUCCACCACACACCUAUCCACCCAGCUUGGAUGAGGAAGCCUGGACUUCACCCCUCCUCCCUGUGCUACUGUUAGAGGUCACCUCGGCAGCCAGAAUGCUGAGUUUUUCUCCCCAUCUUGGUUUGGCUUUGGAACCUGCACUAAUAACGGGGCACAUUGCAGGUGUAGGAAGCUAGCCCUUCUUAAUGGAGGCAUGUGUACGCUUUCAGGUUCCUGGUACAUGUUUGUUUCUGGUACUUUCCAUGACUUGGCCAAGUUCUCCCCAUUUCUCAGUAAUCUCCAAAGAAGAGAUGCUUUUUGUCUCUCCCCCAGGAGGGUUGUAUGUGCCAGACCUUACAGGCAGGUGUCCUGUCUGCCAGGGACUCCUGACCUAGGAGUGGGGCAGACCUAGAUCUGACUUGAAGAGAGGGCUGUACCCAGCACAUACACUGGGUUAUGUGAGCAGAUUGUUUUCUCCAUUUCUUUUUUUCUACUCUGCUCCUGACUUCUAGGGAAGAGAUUGCUUUCUGAAUCAGAACGGGAAACCAGAAAGGGAAACCAGAAUGUUCUCUUGGAAAGCAUUUCCUAGGCUUCCUCCUCAGAUGAAACUAUGGAAAACCCAGGAGGCCCGUACCCUCUAAUUCCCUUUCUACCCAUUCAUUUUCAAGUCCAAAGUACUUUCUGGAGUCAUCUGAAACAGCAAAAGAGAUGUGCAGUACCCUAGUGGCACACUAUGAAUGAGCAAGAACCUGGGUCUGUGGAUACAUUAGAAACAGAAUGCUGACCUUAAACCCCAGGCUCAGAACUGGCACAGCCCAGCAUGAAGCUUAAAGGCAGCGGCUAACCUGUGAGUCAGCCAGACUUAAAUAUUGUGCCCAUUCCUUUCCCCACUCCACUUUCUCUAGCCCCUUGAAGAACCAAAAAACAAAAAUAACUUUGAAGUCACUUUGUGCUUAAAAUAAAUAUUGGUAAUUUAUAAUCAAUAAAGAGUUUGCUGCUGCUCUUAUCGUGAA